AUGGAAUCCUCUCCUCUAACUCAGCAGACCCGGCCUGAGACGUUUCAGCCAAAGAUAGUGAAGCUAUACGAGACUCUACUAUUUAACUCAGACUAUGCUCAUCCCACAGAAGGUUUCUGGCGGGAGUUCUUCCUCCUUCAGCCAGACAGGGUGUAUCUGUCGAAAAUGAUAGCUAGUAUUAACUCUCACGACAUCCUACACCUUCAAUCUCAAACACAACAACUCUUUGCUCGUGCUAUCAAAGAAGCAGCCUCUGGGAAUAUUACGACGAGUGCGAAUGCAUUAGAGACUUUAACUGCUUUCCUGGCCAGUGCAUUAUCAAAGAGGUAUACCAAUCCAAGCUCGGAUAUCAUAGCAGUUCUCGCAGGGCUCGAUGAAGUUGACUAUAUUUGCUCCGAGUUUGUAACCGUUCUGGAUUCAGUCAUACGGAAUGGCAGUUCACUGGAUGUUCGGGUAAAAGCCAUUGAUACUGCUAUGGCAAUGGUUGCCGGCGCGUAUAAGACAGGGGUUAUGUCAUACUUUAUCCAUCGGGAUCUUUUUCCAUCGCUAAUGAAGUUCAUACAUGAUUCUGAUACCCACACGCAAGUAUUAAGGCCCUUCUUGUUACUUGGCCUCUUAGCCAACUACAACAAAUUCGAUUUUCAAAAUCCUUAUCAGCUACGACUGAAUGACUUCGUAAAUGAAAUUGCGAUACGAAAGGUUGUUAGAGGAGCGGGAGUCGCAUGCGCUUCUCUCAGGAAUUCGUACAUUUCCGUUCAAGACGAUCUUCCUGAGGGCUGGAAUUGGAAUACAACUCUGUCAUUUUUCAGCUUUGGCUUCCUCGCCCCAGGACGAAGACACCAAAGCCAGCCUCUCACCGUGGAAGAGAUGAAAGAGCGUUUCAAGGUCCUCCCAUCACCAGAAGCAGCUGUUUUGUUAGCCAUCUAUGAUUUCGUAAAUGCAAACAAGCUCUUUGGUCACGCCUUAGUGACCACCAGCGCCGAGAAGAGAUCUGAAGAGGCUCCAUUUGCAAGCUUCCUUUCAUUGACAUCAUACUUACUGCAGCAUGCAUACCGUUCAGCUCGAGUGGCGCUGUAUGCAGAAGCCAAUCUCUUCUCACUUCGAAACCUAGUGGAGGAUCCUGUUAUCUGUAAACAAAUUUGCAGUGAUGAGAAUAAUGCAAGGGUAAGGCUUUGUCGUCAGCGAGCUCCGCACCUCCCAUUGGUAAAUGGGGAGAGAGUUCUGGCAACUGUCAUAUUUGACAUUCUAGUUGAUACCAUAAACCAUAACCUUCGCCGGAGCCUUGACACAUAUUUAUACAGCCACACAAUCAUCGUACUCUUCCGCCUUCUCACAUAUGCAUCCUCGAACAAAGUUCGCUUUUCAUAUCACUGGUCCGAGCUCUGGCGAGCCCUGCUUACGCUGACACGCUUCCUAACUACGUAUUCAAUGGACCUUAUACAUAGCCCUCAUAUCCAAACUGUCACUACAGACCUGAUCGAUCUUAUUACCUUUUGCAUAUCCGCUGGCGAUACCUUCCUCCCUGACCCGUCGUCUUAUGAUGACCUCUUCUACAAAGUGGUGGAAGCGGACUCUAUUUUGAAGCGUUUCCGUGAUGUUUAUAAACAUCUUUCAGCCACAUCCUCCCACUCCACCAAUUCAACCUUUUCAAUCAAUGCCCUAAUCAGCGUUUCAACACACUUUCACUCCCUGUUAUUUGUGUCUGACUCAGCGGAUGCAUCCCGACCUGGUAGCAAGAGUGGUGAAUCAACGACAGCUUCCCCUCCUCCAUCCGCAAGAAAGAAAAGGCUCAGCCCCAGAGAAGUUCAUCAGAUUAUCAAGGAAGGCUAUUCGACUCUUAGCAUUCGAGCGAACGAUGAUUUGAUCAACUGGGAAAAGUGGCGCGAUGCAGAUUGGAAGCCCCAGUUAAAGCGCAUCACAAGAGCGGCAGUGGAGGAUGUUACAACCAUAAUAUCCCAGCCAGAACAGCCAAAUAUUCUAAUGGAGACGAAGCACACAUCGGGUGGGUAA